UGCCUAUUCACCAGGAUUAAACGAAACGCCUUUUCCUCUUACCAAACUCACGAUCGACAUCAUCUAUUGUUAAGCCACGGCAGAAUCAGAGAACUUUGUUGCCCUCACCACUUCCAGCAACGGGGCCAGCGUCACCGAUCUCCACCGCUCUCAACCCGUGAUCCUACUCUUACCCACCUCUGCCGUAAUUCCCAACGAGUAGACACACUGCCUUGAACUUUACAUUACCCGCGAAGCGUAGAGAACCUUCAACGAGCACCGAACAACCGUCCCCAUUUCGAAUCUGGUCGGGAGAUUGCACCGACCUUCAACCUUUCAAGUGUUCCAGAAACUGCCCUUCUUGGGUGGUGUCGAGCAAACCGAAAAGCUGGCGCGCGUCUAUCGCGCCCAUGACACAAGGCCGUAUCCAACCUACCUAGGCGGCCAAACCGUCACCGUGGAUAUCGCGUCUCUCCUGAAGGCUCCCGACUCAGAUGAGUCCUCCACCGCUCCGCCUCAGCAUACCCGAUCAUCGUCAGACCCGUCCGCAACCGCAACCACGGCGGCCACAGCGCCUGUCAGCGGGCUACCUCCGUAUGGCCCGCCUCCCGUAGCACCGGGCCUGGCUGUGAGCGGCAAGCGUGCCAUGCCACCGCACGUAGCGGAGUCUCCGGCCAAGAAGCAGAGCAAGUGGUCGCCGGAGGAAGAUGCCUUGAUCAUCGAACUUCGGGGGAGCGGAAUGAAGUGGGAGGACAUCUCGAAACGUCUGCCGGGAAGAAGCGCCAUCAGUUGUCGACUUCACUACCAGAACUACCUCGAGAGGCGGAGCGAGUGGGACGAGGAGCGCAAGAACAAGCUUGCACGGUUGUACGAGAGGUUCAAGCCGGAGAUGUGGGCAAAGGUUGCGGAGGAGAUGGCCGUUCCUUGGCGAGCCGCAGAAGCCAUGCACUGGCAGCUUGGCGAAGCGGACAUGGCUCGACGAGCCGGUGUCGUGCCCUUUUCUUUGACCGCAGUCAACGUCGACCAGCCUGGCGGUGGCCACCGGCACUCUCCUUCUCGGGGGCACAUGCACACCCAGUCCCAGCCUAGCCUGCCUCGGGACAUUGGCGGGCCUUCCCCUCGAUACAGCCGACCACCACCGCCUGGUAUAUCACCGAUUCCCGGUGGACGAGUCAUCGCCGCCCGACGUGAGAGCAUUCCUGGCAGGCCGCUGAUGGGGCCGGACCCGAACGAGAUGGCGGGUAUGGGGCCAGGUGGUCCCGGUUUAGCACCGAUUCAGGGACUUCCGCCAGGCCGAGGCGGGGGCAUGCUUCCGGGAGUUGCCGAACUGACUACCGGUGUCAGCCCGUAUAGCACUCCAGCAUACGCGAUGGGCGGUAUACCUACGGCAAGCCCCGUGCCCAGCGCGAGAGCUAGCCCGGGACCGCUGCUUCCAGCCCUCCACUACCCACCGCCUCACGAACAAGCCGGCGCGAAACGACGAGCCAGCCCAGGCACAGAGAUGAUGGGCUCAAGGGAAACGAGCCGACGACGGCACAUGGAUCCCCGUCAGGAGGAGAUGGAUCGGCGACGUGUGGCAUGAUUGCGAGGGCAGGGCGAAAGCGGUGAUGGCGCGGCGAACUUUGGAGUUGGGAACAAAAUUCUUUCCGAGGGGGGGACGACACGAAUCGGCUCUCCCCCCUCUUGAUUUUUCAUGAGAGCAUGGGAAACCUCCGAGGAUUGUUUUUUUCGUCCAACGUGUGCGGAGGGCACGACACACGGCACGGGAACAGCAUGUUGCAUCGGGAUUGGAGCAAGAUUUUGUCUCAUUUUUCUAACUUCUCAUACACAUAACAUCGUUCACCACUCGAGGUUGACGCUAUCUCUCUUGAAAAAGCUUCCCUCUUGUCGGGCAACGGAUCUCCUCACGGCCACGUCGUCUUCUUCGUGUCAUUUAACUUUUAACCUUUUUUUCUUCUUUCUUUUCUCUUCCUCAUACUCC